AGAACAAAGUUUGCCUGGUCUGUGACGAUAUGCGUUUCCUGAUCGAUCAAAAACUUCUGACGUCUCAUCCGGACACGAUGCUUGGUCGAAUGUUUGCAAUGCGUGAUGCCAGAGGCGCUGGGGCCGAAUUGGUCACUCCAAACGAAAGGGACGAAUUUGUUGUCGCUGACGGCACAACUGCAGCAUGUUUCCGAGUCGCUUUGGAGUACUAUACCCAUGGUCAGAUGCGCUGCCCACCGAACAUCUCAGUGGCAGAACUGCGCGACGCAUGCGACUACCUCCUCAUACCGUUCAAUGCGAACACUGUGAACUGUUUUCCAACAUAUACUUCAAUUUUAGUUAUCUACAACUACGUGCAACGUCCCUUCGUUCACUGCUCAUGGGAGAAGGAAGAGGCACGAAGCCGACACGUUGAUUUUGCUUGUCCUAUUGUGA